AUGAGGCCUGGGUACAAUCAUACAGCCCACUUGAUAUUCGGAGGGAAGGUGGGAGGGGCAGUUAAAAUCAGCAAAACUGGACAAGAGUGUGGAAAGGCCUUCAGUAGCAGUGGCAGUCUUCAAGUGCAUCAAAGAACGCACACAGGGGAAAAACCUUUCAAAUGCUCCAAAUGUGGAAAGAGAUUUAAUCAAAGCAGCCAUCUUCAGGUGCAUCAAAGAACCCACACAGGGGAAAAACCUUAUGACUGUUCAGAGUGUGGAAAGACAUUCAGUUACAAUGGCCAUCUUCAGCGCCAUCAGAUAACCCACACAGGGGAGAAACCUUUUGAAUGCUCUGAGUGUGGUAAGAGAUUUAGUCGGAGAAGCCAUCUUCAACUGCAUCAAAGAACUCACACAGGGGAGAAACCUUUUGAAUGCUCUGAGUGUGGAAGGAGAUUUAGUCAAAGUGGCCAUCUUCAAGUACAUCAAAGAACUCACACAGGGGAGAAACCUUUUGAUUGUUCAGAGUGUGGAAAACCAUUUUGUAACAGAAGCCGUCUUCUGCGGCAUCAGAGAACACACACAGGGGAGAAACCUUUCGAAUGCUCUGAGUGUGGAAAGACAUUUAGUCAAAGUGGCCAUCUUCAAGUGCAUCAGAGAAUCCAUACAGGGGAGAAACCUUUUGAUUGCUCUGAAUGUGGAAAGACAUUCAGUAACAUUGGCCAUCUUCAGCGGCAUCAGAAAACUCACACAGGUGAGAAACCUUUUGAAUGCUCAGAAUGUGGAAAGGCAUUCAGUAACAGUGGCCACCUUCAACAGCACCAGAGAACCCACACAGGGGAGAAACCUUUCUACUGCUCAGAGUGUGGAAAGAGAUUCACUGAGAGUGGCAGUCUUCAGCGGCAUCAAAGAACCCACACAGGGGAGAAACCUUUCUACUGCUCAGAGUGUGGAAAGAGAUUCACUGAGAGUAGCAGUCUUCAGUACCAUCAAAGAACCCACACAGGGGAGAAACCUUUUGCAUGCUCAGAGUGUGGAAAGAAAUUCACUGUUAGUAGCAGUCUUCAGCGGCAUCAAAGAACCCACACAGGGGAGAAGCCUUUUGAAUGCUCCAAAUGUGGGAAAAGAUUUAGUCAGAGCAGCCAUCUUCAAGUGCAUCAAAGAACACACACAGAGGAGAAAUAUUUUGAAUGUUCAGAGAGUGGAAAGAGAUUCAGUAAGAGUGGCAAUCUUCAAGUUUAUCAGAGAACUCACACAGGAGAGAAACGUUUUGAAUGUUCAGAGUGUGGAAAGAGAUUCAUAUUGAGUGGCCAUCUUCAGCUUCAUCAGAGAAUCCAUACGGGGGAGAAACCAUUUGAAUGCUCAGAAUGUGGAAAGAAAUUCACUGACAGUGGCAGUCUUCAGCGGCAUCAGAGAAUCCACACAGGGGAGAAACUUUUUGAAUGCUCUGAGUGUGGAAAGAGAUUUAGUCAAAGUGGCCAUCUUCAAGUGCAUCAAAGAACCCACACAGGGGAGAAACCUUUUGAAUGUGCAGAGUGUGGAAAAAAAUUCACUGAGAGUGGGCAUCUUCAGCGUCAUCAAAGAACUCACACAGGGGAGAAACCUUUUGAAUGCUCCAAAUGUGGGAAGAGAUUUAGUCAGAGCAGCCAUCUUCAAGUGCAUCAAAGAAUCCACACAGGGGAGAAACCUUUUGAGUGCUCAGAAUGUGGAAAGAGAUUCAGUGGGAGUGGCAGUCUGCAGUGGCAUCAGAGAGCCCACACAGGGGAGAAACCUUUUUACUGCUCAGAGUGUGGAAAGAGAUUCACUGAGAUUGGCAGUCUUCAAUACCAUCAAAGAACCCACACAGGGGAGAAACCUUUUGAAUGUUUAGAGUGUGGAAAGAAAUUCACUAAGAGUGGCAGUCUUCAGCGGCAUCAGAGAACCCACACAGGGGAGAAACCUUUUGAAUGCUCUGAGUGUGGAAAGAGAUUUAGUCAAAGUGGCCAUCUUCAAGUGCAUCAGAGAACCCACACAGGGGAGAAACCUUUUGACUGCUCAGAGUGUGGAAAGACAUUUACUGAGAGUGGCCAUCUUCAGCGGCAUCAAAGAACCCACACAGGGAAGAAACUUUUUGAAUGCUCAGAGUGUGGAAAGAAAUUCACUGAGAGUGGCAGUGUUCAACGACAUCAGAGAAUGCACACAGGAGAGAAACCUUCUGAAUGCUCAGAGGAGUGGAAAGACAUUCAGAAACAGGAAGUAGAGAUGAAAUGGCACCUCUUGUCCUUCUCAUUGGCCAUUCAGGAGAUCAACCAGAACCCCAGGCUGUUACCCAAUAAUACCACACUCGGCUACACCGUCUAUGAGAACAUUUUCCAUUCCAGGUUGACAUAUAAUGCUUUAGUGGGCCUGCUUCCAUCUGCCCAGGAGGCCAUUCCAAACUACAAAUGUGGAAGAUGGAACAAUCUGUUCGCUGUUCUUGAAGGAUCUGAGUCUGACAUCUCCAUUGACAUUUCAAUCCUCUUGAGCACCUACAAAAUCCCGCAGCUUCAUCCAUUCCUCAGACACAUCCAGGCUUACAAUACUUCUGUGGGUCGAGUGGAUCCGGAUCAAAAGAGGGAUCCGGCAACCGGCUUAGACAUUGUGAACGUGAUCAUGUUGCCCAAUGGUUCCAUCUGGAGUGUGAAAGUUGGAAAUGCUGAAAGUUGUACCAAGUGCCCAGGAGAUCAGCAUCCCAACAUGGGCCAGACUCUGUGCAUCCGCAAACAUAUUACUUUCCUAUCUUAUGAGGAGCCUUUGGGGAUUGUGCUCAUAUUCUUGGUCCUCUUCUUAUCCAUAGUCACAAUUCUAAUUUUAGGCAUCUUCGUUAAAUGCUUUCAUACUCCAAUAGUGAAAGCCAACAAUCGUGACCUCACCUACAUUCUCCUCGUCUCCCUCCUGCUUUCCUUUCUGUCCUCCCUUCUAUUCAUUGGCCAGCCAAGGAAGGUGACCUGCCUUCUCCGACAAACCACCUUCAGCAUCAUCUUCUCGGUGGCCGUCUCUUCUGUGCUGGCCAAAACCAUCACAGUGGUGGUGGCCUUCAUGGCCACCAAGCCAGGAAACAAGAUGAGGAAAUGGCUGGGGAAGAAUCUGGCGAAUUCUAUCACCAUUUUGUGUUCUGCUAUUCAAACUGGCCUUUGUGUCGUCUGGCUGGGCAUCUUCCCCCCCUUCCCAGAGUCUGACAUGAACUCCCUUCAUGGACAGAUCAUACUGCAAUGCAACGAAGGGUCUGUUGCCAUGUUUUAUGGUGUCCUGGGCUACCUGGGCUUCCUGGCGGCCAUCUCUUUCACGGUGGCCUUCCUAGCCAGGAAGCUGCCUGGGGCCUUCAAUGAGGCCAAGCUGAUCACCUUCAGCAUGCUGGUCUUUAGUAGUGUGUGGGUGUCCUUUGUGCCCACCUACCUGAGCACGAAGGGGAAAUACAUGGUAGCCGUGCAGGUCUUCUCCAUCUUGGCCUCCAGCGCUGGAUUACUGGGCUGCAUCUUCAUCCCCAAAUGCUACAUUAUCAUACUGAGGCCUGAUCUGAAUACCAAGGAGCAUCUAAUGGUGAAUCGUAAAAUUGAGAUUUGA